CGUGCCAAGUCAUGUGAGGCUUUGUCAUCGCAAAAACAAAAGACAACCCCGGCUGUUGUUGCUGUUUAAAAUUCAUUGCGGUUUAUUUUUUUGGGGGGACACCAAUUUUGAAGAAAAAAAACUGCGAGGGAAUCCCGGAAGGAUGCGUUAGUCACAUCUAUCAGAGGACAAUCCCCAAACCGCAGAACUGAGUCACUGUACCACAGAUUCCAAGCAAAUAUAAACAGGAGGCAAAUCCUGAACCCUGGCAGAACUUUAGAACUCGGACAGUGCGACGCUUCGGUUUGGUGAAGAGAUCAACUUGAGCGGAACUUCCAGCUGCACUUUUUUAAAUUGGAGAUAGCAUUGAAACUAACAUGGAGCGAAUUGUCAUGCCUGGCGACGAGCUUUGGGAUCCGGCUGGCGGCUUUGACUUGACCGCCAACGGCUUGACCACCCUCAAUAAUGGCUUCGACCCCGUGAGCCCGCCACCCCAGCAAAAUAACACUGAGACCGAUGCGGAGUUCAUGCAUCGUACAAUGCUACGGGAGGAGUUGAGGGUUAAUAUACUACAGAGGAGAUUGCAAAAAGGUCUCGGGGCGGUCCAGCUUGACUGGAGGUUCACCAAGCCUGAAAAUCUGACACCAGAAGAGGAAGAUCGAAGAAAACUUCGCCGAGAGAGGAACAGAGUUGCUGCCUCAAGAUGCAGGGAGAAACGACGAGAGAGGACGUAUGUUCUUGUCAAGGAGACCGACCAACUUGAAACCAGCAAUCAGGAAUUAAUCCGAGAGAUACAACAAUUAGAAACGGAGCGCCAGGAACUUGUGGCAAUCCUGUCCUCCCAUCAGCAGACGUGUGGCUGCAGCCCUCCCGUACCCAACCCUAGUCUAGAUGACCUCCACAUUGACCCAUGAACAUAAAUCUUCACAUUUUGUUUUUGUAAAAUAAUAUUUGUAAAUUUUGAAACGCA